AUGGUUGAGGACCAUUUGGGAGAUAAAAACAUUAUUUGCAUUGCUGAUAUGGAGAACGAGAUUGUGACCUUAGGUCCUGAGUUCGAUGCGGUCAUGGAGUUUUUAACUCCGUUUGAGUUGGGCCGUGCGUUCACGAAGGUGGAAGUGGGAAUUCUGCACAAGAACCAUAUUGAUGCAGGAGAUCAGGGAGAUGACAUUAACAAGAUUAUUGAACGUAUGCUUUAGUCGGUUGUUUAUUUGUGACUUUUAUUUGAAUCGUUUGGAA